AUGACUCAACCCAAUCCUUACAUCCUAGCCGCCGAUAAUCCUUCCGCCGUUUUGGAUCUGUUGCGCUCAAAUCCAGCCAUCGCAAGCCGCCAAGAUGAGCACGGAUACUCGCUUUUACACGCCGCGGCUUCCUACGGCCAUGCCGACCUUCUGCGCGCGCUCGUUAAAGAAUUUAAUGUCGAUGUCAACCUCCUCGACGAGGACGGCGAGACCUGCUUAUUCGUAACCGAGAAAGUUGAGAUCGCGAAAUGCCUUGUGGAAGAGCUGGGCGUGGACUACAACAAGCGAAAUGAGGAGGGCUUGACAGCGCAAGAGACGAUCGAAGCCGAUGGCUCAUUUCCCGACGUCGCGGCUUACCUCCGACAAGUCAUGGGUGUAUCUCCCGCUGAUGUAGCGGACUCGCUGGAUGCCUUGACCACUGCUAUUCCUCCUCUACCGCCAAACCUGAGUUUGAAUCUGGGAACAGUAUCAGAGCAGGAAGCGAGUGCGGGGACGGACCAGGUGGAUCCGGAGUUCAAGCGGAGGAUUGAUGAGCUGGCCGCUCAGGAAGAUUUUCACAGCGAGGCUACGCAGAACCAACUACGACAGCUGGUCAUGGAUGUUCUUAGUGGUUCGAGUAUCGAAACGCAAGAUCGAGAUGUGCGGCGGAGGAUGGAGUAG